AUGCAGCAUGCAGUACUUCCGAAGGCAAACGAAAUUAGUGAUAAUGCUAAUGUCAUUGAAAAAUUCAAUGAUCCUCUUGACUUUACAUUGAUUUGGUUGGACAGAGGUUUGUCCAACGUUACUACUGAUAUCCAACGAACACUGACACAUCUUCAUCAAUUAACUAACAAUGUUCUUACCUUUGAUGACGUUGAUAAAUGGGACAGUUAUAUGAAAAACAACGACAAAACAAAUCUAUUUCUUAUAGUGGCCGGUUCACUAUCUGAAAAUGUUCUUUUAAAGGUAGAUUGUAUCCGACAUGUUGAUUCUGUGUUCAUAUUUUGUUUCAACCAAGCGACCUAUGAACAUUUAUUAUUAUCAUCGAAAUUUAAAAAGCUUGUUGGUGUUUACAAUAACACUAAAGAUUUGAUUGAAUCUGUUGAGAAACAUGCUCAUUUAAUGAUAAAACAAUUGGCAAUAUUUAAAUUUUUUGAUAAAAAACAGCAUACUUUAGGGAGAAAUACUGGUUCAUUUUUCUGGUUUCAAGUGUUGCUUUAUGUACUGAGACAAAUGCCAAAGACAGCACAAUCACAAGAAGAUAUGUUAGAGCAUUGUACAAAUUAUUAUAGAGAUAACAGUUUAGAGUUAACUCGUAUCGAAGAAUUUCGCCGAACGUACAAUGCAGACAUGGCUAUAUCGUGGUAUACACGAGACACAUUCAUUUACAGAAUGGUGAAUCAAGCACUACGGACGGAAAAUAUCGAUGCCCUGUAUCUUUUCAGGGUUAUCCGCUUAGGACAUAUGGCUUAA